GGGUGGGGGGGUUUGUGUAUUUAAGGCAGCAUAGGCGGAUGUUUUGCUUCCCCCUCUCCUUUCAUUUCUGUGUCUUGUAAGAAAGGGUUGAUACUUUGAAACUCUGCUCCCAUUUUACACAAUUUCCUGCUCGCUUCCUUCAUCCUCAUUUCUAUUCUGUUUCUCUAGACCAAGAAUGGAAUUUGAGGAACGGUACGGGCAGGUUCAGAGGCCAAAAUAUGACUGCCUUCUAUUCGAUCUUGAUGAUACCCUUUACCCGCUAAGUUCUGGACUUGCAGCAGCAGUGCUUAAGAACAUCCAAGAUUAUAUGAUUGAAAAAUUGGGUAUAGAAGAGAGCAAAAUCCCUGACUUGUGUAAUCUACUGUACAAAAACUAUGGCACCACAAUGGCUGGUCUUAGGGCAAUUGGCUAUGAUUUUGACUAUGAUGAGUAUCAUAGUUUUGUACACGGGAGAUUACCUUAUGAAAAUUUAAAACCAGACCCUGUUUUGAAAAGCCUUUUGUCAAGCUUGCCCAUACGCAAAGUCAUCUUCACAAAUGCUGACAAGGUGCAUGCUAUCGAAGCUCUGAGUAGACUUGGUCUGGAAGACUGUUUUGAAGGGAUCAUCUGCUUUGAGACUCUUAACCCUACUCACAAGAGCACUGCUUCUGAUGAUGAGGAUGAUAUCGAGUUUCUGGGAUCCAAACAAUCCCCUAAUGCUGAAAAUGGAACGCCUGAAAUUUUUGACAUUAUUGGAUAUUUUUCUCAGCCCGAUGCAGGAUCAUCUGGUCUGCCAAAGACUCCAAUUGUCUGCAAACCAUCAGUAUCUGCCAUCGACAGGGCUCUUAAAAUUGCCAACAUCGAUCCGCAUAGAACACUAUUCUUUGAGGAUAGCGUCCGAAACAUUCAGUCUGGAAAACUCUUAGGACUCAAUACGGUACUGGUUGGUAAAUCUCAGAGAGUGAAAGGAGCAGAUUAUGCCUUAGAAAGCAUUCACAACCUCCGCGAAGCAAUACCGCAACUCUGGGAAGCUGAUAAACUUGCUGAAGUUAACUACUCAGCAGUUGCAGUGGAGACUUCUGUAACGGCUUAGCUUAGGUUUCAUCUUACUAUCCUCUUACUGGAGAAACCAUGUUUUAUCCUCUUCUUGUAUCCCAUCUGUUAUUACAUAAUGUAAAUAUUCUGUUGCUAUCAAUCAAAUAAUAUAAAAUCCUUCUGGUAAUUA